CGAGGAAGGUCAUUUGAGUUGCUCCAGUCGAGGCACGAGCUCGUCCACAAUUUUCAUUUAUUGUUCGUGUCUCACAAAACUGCUUGCUAUUCGUUAUUAUUUUUGCCCAAAAAUAAAAACACAAUGGAACUUUUCUCGACUUGUCACGGUGCUACUAACUGCCAGUGUUUUCCUGCUGACCGAUGGCAACGUGUUGGACCCCUGAAGAACGACGAGAUUUAUUGCAGCAGCGGCCGAAAGAGCUUCACCACAACGAAACCAGAUUGGCGCUGUCUGACGAUACGAGAUCCGCUGUGCGAAAAGAUAUGGCCGCCACAGAAACCCGAUCGAGCGACGGCGUUGUCUACGUCAAACGAGAUUUGUACCCUAUGAGCUCGUCUGCGAUGGACGACGACGAAGAGAUCGCCGACAGACGACACGAGCGCCGACGUCAUCGCGACGAUGAAGAUGACGUCGAUGACCGGCCGCCCGUCCUUAAAUUAGCCCGUUACAACAUUUCACCCGCCGUUCCGUCUCUCUUGUCGCUUCAUCACCAUCACAAUGGCUACGCGAGUAACGCGUACGGCGAUCAGCUGACAUCACCCAUUCCGCGGAGGAAACAGGCCAGACCGAGACGGAGAUCUGGCGAUUCUUCUUCUUCCCCACCGUCCUCUUCCUCGUUGAUGGCGAUGGAACAUCACCGUCAUUUCCAGUCCAUGUUCCGGUCGACUCCGUCGCCCGUCCAAGACAUGCCCGAAGAUCUUUCCGUCAAGAAAUCUUCGCCGCCAUUGGUUAGUUGAUUCGUAACUACGUGUGUUGUAUAAAAGGGCUCAAAUAAAAUGAAUUAUUUUUAUUAUUAUUAUUUUUUAAUGCAAUCAAAUCAGGUGGUGGAGAGGCAAGAAAGUGAAGAUAACCAAUCGGGAAGGAACAGUAACGAUCAAGACAGUCAUCGCAGUGAUACGCCGUUGCCAGUGCCUUCACUGAAAGCCGAGAGCAUCAACAGCGAUAGUGCAAAAAGCGAAUUUAGCUUAGCGGAAAGAAACAGUCUAUUCUCGCCAGGUCCUUCUGGUGCUCUUGAAACAAUGGCGACCCCUCCGAUGCACUCCAGUUCGAUUCUUUCAAUGACACCCAUUCACCAAUCUGAUCGACGCAAAGGCCAGCACAGCGCACCCCGCGGUGGUCCACCUCGCGCCUGGACAAACGGCGAUCUGACGGAAGCGUUGAAUCACGUCUGGAAUCGCAAAAUGACAACGUCGCAAGCAUCUCGAGUCUUUGGCAUCCCUUACAACAGCCUGUUGAUGUACGUCCGAGGCAAGUACGGCAAGUCGCUCAAACUGGACACGCUGCGCAAAGAGACGUUGGAAGGUGAAGCCAUGGCUCUAGCGGCGUCCACCAGGGGUUCGUACAAACUGGCGGCGGCUGCUGCUGCUGCGGCCGCUGCAGCCACUGAAUCUCCGAUGAAAAUGAACAGCAAUAACAAGACGAAGCAAUCCAAAGAAGGCGGUGGAAACAAGAGCGCUCCAUGUACACCGAGUGCCACUGUCAGCACCAAAAGCCCCGGCAAUAAUAAUAACAACAAUAAUAACAAUAACAACAACAACAUGAAUAGCCACAAUCACAAGAACCUCAAUAAUAACGACGUCAAAAGCAAGAGUGGGCAGACCAUGAGUGGACCUUCCAAUCUGGCAGCUGUUUAUCCACCGCCGCAACAUCGUCUAAAUGAAAUGGAAGCCCUCGGUAUGGCCGGAUUGGCCCACGCGGCUGGAUUGAGUGGUUUCGGUGGCGUCAACCCUUAUCUGAGUUACUUCUGCGACUUCUCCUUUCCCAUGCCGAUGGGUCUUGGUGCGGGUCUUCUGCAGGCGACUGCCGGAUCAGCGACCGGAGCGGGCAAACAUCACCGGGCGGCCAUCGAUCAUCAGGGACUGUUGCACAAAAAGUUGCCGAAGCCAUCGAGCAAACAUCAUCGAACCAAACUGGGUAAAUCGGCCAUGUCCGGCAUGGAUGGUGAUGUCAAAACGGACAAGGAUGCGGAUGAUGAGGGAUCCAACCAACCACAUCGAUUGACUUUGCCGAUGAUACGAACGCCAUUGGAUCGGCAUCAAACUGGCCAAGUUUGAUGUCAAUUUCGCCCGCUCUUGAUUCAAUUUAUUUCGAUGCUAUCCUCUUUGUUUCGAUGCGCCAAUUCCACGAAAUUGUAGACGAUUCCUGAUGAUCGUGACUUUAAAUUCUCCGUGUACGUACGUACGAAUUCAAAUUUGAUCAUUUUUCAACUUGAUGAAAUUCACGAGAUCUCAUCCCUCUCUCUCCCUCCUCUUUGUUAAGUGUAAAUUAGCGCCCUGUUGCCUCUUGAUUUCUUGACAUUGAUACUCAAGGAUAGAACUAUUUGGAUGCGAAGUUUUUGCAUACAUUUCAGAUGUAAUACUCGCAGCGCGCGUGCGAAAAUUGGAAUAAUUAUCACCCAAGACAAAGAAAAAAGAAAAAAAAACCCGAAAAAAAAAUUUAUUUCACAAAAAAAAGGAAUAAGAAAACAAAAAACUGAAAGAAACGGAAUCCAUCCGUUGUAAAAUUUCUUCUCUCAAAUUCGUUCAUUAUAAGACUCACUUCGUUGCACCAUGUGAUAAAAAAUUAUUAAGGAUAAUGAACUUGAUUUUCUUUGCGAAAAGUUAAUGGUGAAGGGAAUGUUGUGGCAGAGUCUUGAAAGCCUUAGCCUUUCGUUACGGUUCUAAUGUUCCUCACGCCGAGUGUAUUCACCGUUCCAAUCAACGGUUUCCAAUGUGUCCGUGAAAUUGUCGUGACAAGCAGUUCCUCUCAUUGAAAUGUUGGAAAAACGUUGUGGUGGACAUACAUACGUACGUACCAUGUAAAAUCCUGAACUAAAUAGCCUGGCCUUGAUUUGUUGCCGUGUAAGUAUUAUUGUCGUUGUUGUCUCAACUUACUGUUUGUCACUCAGAUUUAUUCAGCUGAAAUGCUGAAUGAGAACGCCACACCCCUCCUCCCACCGAUGCACACGUCUUGUAAUUUAUUGUGCACCUCUUUGAUUCACGAAAAAGAACCAAUACAAACACUGGGGUUUUGUCACUAA